CGGGACGGGGCGGGGCCGACGCGCGCCUCGGCCGGCUGGCCAAUCCGCGGGCUCGCGGCGACCGCCGGUCUCCGCCCCGUUGCGGGAGCGCCGCGUUCCGAUUGGCCGCCGCGGCUGUCUUCUCGGCCGGGGGGCGGGCCCUGCGCCGUGGCGGGAAGCUGCUCCGCCAUGGAGGCCGCCGAGGUGGAGUUUCUGGCCGAGAAGGAGCUGGUGACCAUCAUCCCGAACUUCAGCCUGGACAAGAUUUACCUCAUCGGGGGGGACCUGGGCCCGUUCCAGCCCGGCCUGCCGGUGGACGUGCCCCUGUGGCUGGCGUUGAACCUGAAGCAGAGACAGAAGUGCCGCCUGCUGGCCCCCGCCUGGAUGGACGCCGAAAAGUUGGAGAAGAUGAGGGACCAUGAACGAAAGGAAGAAACUUUCACCCCGAUGCCCAGCCCUUACUACAUGGAGCUCACCACACUCCUGCUCAAUCAUGCUUCAGAUGACAUCCCGAAAGCAGAUGAGAUCCGGACGCUGGUGAAGGACAUGUGGGACACCCGGACAGCCAAGCUGCGGGUGUCCACGGACAGCUUCAUCAGGCAGCAGGAGGCGCACGCCAAGCUGGAUAACUUGACGCUGAUGGAGAUCAACACCAGCGGGGCUUUCCUGACGCGGGCUCUCAAUCACAUGUACAAGCUCCGCACCAACCUGCAGCCCUCGGAGAGCGCCCAGUCCCAGGACUUGUAGGGUGGGCCCACGCAUCCCGUGUCGAGGG